AUGCCGAGCAAAGCUGGAAGAGUCAGGAUGCCCCCUGACAACAGACUGCCCGUGUCGGCCUCUCUGAAGACCUCCGAGAUAUGGAAGAAUUCCGUUGGGUAUGACCCGUAUGCGUCUGUGGAGGAGAUAAACACAAGGGAGCUCAAAAAAAAGGAAGCGACGAAUGAAGAAAUUAAUGAAAAGGCAAAGAGUCUGUUCAGUUUGGCCAGGUUAAUCGGCACUGCCUCUGCUACCAUCCCCGGGGCCUGCACCCUCUGCAACCACAUUGGCCACUUGCCCUACCAGUGUAGAAAUUUGAUCAGCCUGGAAAAGAUAAACUUCCAGAGUGACAUAAAGGAGGAGGCGGAGGACGACCUCAAGGAACGACGAAACCUAGGCAUAGUCAGCGAUACUAGCGGUGGGAGCGAUAGCAGUAGCGAUAGCGACGAUAGCAGUAGUGAUAGCGACAGUAGUAGCGGUAGGAGCGACAGCCGGGACUCGGCCCGCAAGACAAGGAAAAAGGAGAAGCACAGGAAGAGCAAGAAGAAGAGCAGACACAAGCACGAAAAGAGAAGGGAAAAACGCGACAGACGAUCGCGCAAAGAAGAGGGGCGGUCACAUAAAAACGAGAGACGAUCCCACGAAGAGGAGAAGAAAUCCCGCAAGCACGCCAAACGGACCGGAAAAGAUAAAACGGAACGCCAUCGUCACCGCAGCAGGGACCGCGACAAAGCAAACGUGAAAAAGAAGGAGAAGAGGAAAAGGAGGACGAGAGCGACAGACGAUGAACGUGUGAGGGAAAAACGACACAGGGGAAGCAGCUCAUCAAGCUUGUGA